AUGUUGCUUCAAUUCCUUGGUGUCAUUGUGAUGACGGAGGUAUUGUUCAUGCUCGCUGAUGCAUCUCAACUUCGUCUAGUGGGAGGCAAAACAAGAAGUCAGGGACGUCUUGAGAUCUUCCUCAAUGGUGAAUGGGGUACAGUGUGUGAUGACGUGUGGGAACUAGAAGACGCCCAGGUCGCCUGCAGGCAGCUCGGCUUUCCUGGCGCUUCCGAGGCUACCCAAGGAGGCUAUUUUGCUCAUGGAACGGGGCAAAUACAUCUGGACGAUGUCGCUUGUGCUGGGUAUGAAAGUGACCUGGAUUCCUGUCAGCAUAGAGGAAUCGGAAGUCAUAACUGUGGGCACAGUGAAGAUGCAGGAGUCAUUUGCAAUCCUCGAGUUCGUUUGGUAGGUGGUACCAAUUCUAUGGAAGGUCGCGUGGAAGUGAUCUGGAAUGGUGCCUGGGGGACGGUCUGUGAUGACUACUGGGACCUGGACGACGCAACAGUUAUCUGCCGGGAGCUGGGUUACGUAGGGGCAAGGGAGGCUCCCGGAUCGGCUACAUUUGGUGGGGGAGAUGGGCUUGACAUUCUGCUAGAUGAUGUCGCCUGUACUGGUCACGAAGAGACGGUGUUCGAUUGCCAACACAGGGGAUUGGGGAUUGAAAACUGUGGUCAUAGUGAGGACGCCGGAGUUCGUUGUGUCGAUCUACGUCUGGUUAGCGGUAGCACCAGUAACGAAGGCAGACUUGAAGUUCACCUGAACGGUGAAUGGGGCACGGUGUGUGAUGACUUCUGGGACCUAGAUGACGCCCGGGUAGCUUGCAGGCAGCUGGGCUUCCCUGACGCUACCGAUGCUACUCAAGGAGGGUCAUCAUUUGGAAUUGGAAGCGGCUCAAUUCUCCUCGACAAUGUUGAGUGCACCGGUCUCGAGAAUAACCUGCUGAGUUGUCAGCAAAAUGAGAUUGGUGACCACAAUUGUGGUCACAGCGAAGAUGCAGGGGUCGUUUGUAACAUGGGCAUUCUCCGUCUUGUUGGCAAUCAUAGCGUUGCAGAGGGCCGACUGGAGAUUUUUCUGAAUGGUGAAUGGGGCACAGUCUGUGAUGACUCCUGGGGACUAGAGGACGCCAAGGUGGCUUGCAGGCAGCUGGGCUUCCCCGGUGCCGCCGAGGCUACACCAGGAGGGUCUUAUGGAAGUGGAAGCGGACCCAUUCUUCUUGACGAUGUCAUGUGUUCUGGAUUUGAACUUCAGUUGCCCUCUUGUUCGCAUAAUGGAAUUGGAGUCAAUGACUGUGGUCACAGCGAAGACGCAGGUGUCAUUUGUCAACCUCGAGUUCGUUUGGUAGGUGGUUCUAGUCCCAACGAAGGCCGUCUGGAGGUGUAUGGGAAUGGUGCCUGGGGAACGGUCUGCGAUGAUGGCUGGGAUCUAACCGAUGCAAAUGUCGUUUGCCGGCAAUUAGGCUACGAGAGAGCAACGGAAGCAUUGGGAAGAGCAGCCUUCGGUCAGGGUGACGGGCAGGAGAUACUUCUGUCUUCUCUUAACUGCGUCGGUAGCGAGCAAACAGUGUUAGAUUGCGAGCACCCAGGACUUGGGAGUCACUCUUGCGGGCAUGGCGAGGAUGCUGGGGUCCGAUGUGGUAAGCUAAAUAUAAACCGGAGAGCGACGGUAUAGAGAAGUGUCCUCGCAUUUUAAAUUGUUAACCGAAUUACAAUUGUAUUCUGUUUUAUCCCUGUUUAUAAAGCCGAUGGCUGUAUGCUCACUGUCAGCGCAUCCGAUGUCCUCAUGGUGGUAUCUAGUUAUCAGUCUGUAUACCUUCCUGGUGACGCAAUUGAGUAUGCCUGCCCCGACGGAUAUCACAUCAGCGGGUCUGCUUCACGGUUCUGUCAGUCUAACUUAACAUGGUCUGGACAGCCAGCUGAAUGCAUUACAGACUCGUGUGUCGCUGGACCUUGUGUGAACGGGGGUACGUGCACUAGUGCACCCGGCGAGUACACUUGCCUAUGCCCUGCAGGGUACGACGGGAUGACGUGUGAAAAUGUUGCCAACUGCGAGCUGAUCUUCAACUCAUCCGAUGUCCCCAUCGUGGUGUCCGGCAAUCGGACUGUGUACCUUCCUGGUGACUCAGUCGAAUAUGCCUGCCCUGACGGAUAUCACCUCAGCGGGUCCACUACAAGACAUUGUCGAUCAGACUUCACGUGGUCUUCCCCGGUUGCCGUAUGCAAUCAAGGUAAAGAUUUCAAAUAA